AUGCUCGACAGCUUACCACCGCCGUUCAUUCCAUUACCAUCACUUAACCCAAAACAGGUGAAAAAGAUGCAAAAGAAACAGAAAAAGUUGCUGAAAAAAAUUGGUUCGAUGCCGCCGCCCAUGAUACCAGCACUGUCAACGAUACCUCCAUAUUCUAGAGCAUUUUCUGCUGAAAAUCUUAAUAACCAUGUUCUGGACGGUUAUGCGGAACUAUCGGCGGUCAACAAACGAAGCUGGAGGCUCAGAAAAGAGCAAAGAAAGAGCCAUCACUUUGCAGAAGUUAUCCCUCAGGUACCGCCAGGUCCUCCAAGAUCGACAAUUAGCAGCAACUGCUCAAACGGUUACACUGUAUCUGAAAUUAGAGGUCAAACUUCUUGUCCAUCGACUAACUUGUCGGACCAUAGUCGGAUUACAUCAUCUAACACGGAACAUUCAUCGUCGUUUUUGCGCUCGCCAUCUUCCAGGCACUCAGAAAAUUCGCCUGCGGUGAAUGAAAAGCAAACCGCUAGUGAAAAAUCUUCAUCAAACAGUUCAAGGCAAAACAGUGACAGACGGCCAGCAAAUGAAACCGUUAAUAAGCAGCAGCCACCUGGUAGAUUCAGAAGGUCUUCAGCAGAUAAAAACAGUGUGCAAGAGAAUAAAGAAUGCAUAAAUAGUCAUGAAAUUAAAACCUCUGUACAAGUUGAAAAAUAUGUGCCAUAUGCUUCCAAAACAGAAAGUGAUGACCGGUAUUCGCCUCAGACCGAAAAGCGUGAUCAGUUAGGAUCAGCCUCGCCGAACAAUGGAAGUCUGAAACAAGAGCGGUUAACCAAUAACGGUUCUUAUUCAAAUCGGUAUUUUGACAGUGAACCCCUUAAAGCCUCUUCUAGCAGUGGCAUACAACGUGUUAGUGACCGAGUAGGCGGAAAGAGACCUUUAUCUGACAAUGACUUCAAUGAAUUCAGUGUUUCUGAAAGAACUAUUCCAAUAAAGAUCACUCCGGAAGCAAAACAGAUUUUGGAACGUAACGCUCAGUUAUUUUCGAGGAAUUCAUUGAGUGGACAUGACGAAUCGCAGAUUACCGUAAAGUUAAAACGGAUUAAAACUUUCAAUCAGUUUUGCUCACUUUAUGAUAAGAUUUAUUUUAAAUUUACAAUGCCUGUGUCGACCCCUUCAACAAUGGACAAUUACGAAAAGCAUCAAAGUGCGAUUUUGUCGGGCACUUCAACCAGUUACUCCAUCCAGCCACCUGUUUCCUCCGGUUUACAGUCACUCAAGAAGAACCCAGAAUAUGGUUCAACGAUCAGCUCUUUAACACAAAGCUCCAAUAUGAAAACAGAAGUUAGCGACAUUGAUUUCAGCUGGGUCAACGAUGUAGAAAACCGCUUAGACCGAGAAAUCGCUUUCGUAAAAGAAGACUAUCCAAAACAUCAAAUGCCAGUACGUUACUUCGGUGUACCAACUCCUGUAGAACAGCACGCAGCGACCAGUGGGCCUUCUUUCCACAAUUCUACGAAAAAAACCACGUUAAUUACCCAGCAGGGACAGUUAUGUGACGAAAACGACACAAGGAGAGAACUAAGUCAAAUACGAUCUGACGUUCGCUCAAAAGCUGCUAUGUUCGACAGUGAAGCUUUAAGAAAUGAGCAACGAAGUUCCGAGCAACAACAGCAAGAAUUCAAGGCUAAUAUGCGUCAUCGUUCGCGCUCUACACCUCGUAAUAAUGACAAUGUAUACAUUCCUCAGCCGGAUUAUCGGAAUUAUGAUCCGAUUUCGGUGGAUACCUCGGACGACGGGUCUCGACGACGCUAUAAAGGACUUCGAGAGUCUGAAAAUAUCAAAGAGAGCCCCGGCCAACGACGAAUCAGAAAGCCAGUGGUAAUACCCGAUGGCGAUAAAAUGGCCUGCCGUCCUACAGAUCAACAGAAAUACUGUGAGUGGAACAAAAUUUCAAAUCGCAUAGGAGACUUCAGAAAUGAAGAACGUCAAAGAGUGAAUCAAUACGACGCCAGCGACUAUUACCGCCAAAAUCCAGCAAGACGUAACUGCGAAAAAACUUGGAGAGCUUCAGUUGCUUAUUAA